AUGGCGAGGCAGGGCGUGGGUCGUCUCUCUCAUUCCGUCUGUUUGGUAUUGACAUGUCUGUCCCUGGCUCUCCACCUCAUCCUGGCCUUCUUCUGUCUCUCCGUCCUCCAAACAUCCUGCGUUAUCCCCCCCCCCUCCUCCUGUUCCUCCUCUUUUCCUGGAACUAUUCCCCAUGGAAAACAGGGGAGAUCUCACCCCCUUUCCUCACAAAGCAGCUCACACAAAUUACCAGUAAGUCGCAUGAAUGGAGACUUUACCAAAAUGGCCGCCCACAUAGACCACAAGGUGGAGGCCUCACUCAACAUUGUCAAUGAGAAGGAGAAGGACAAAAAGCUGAUUCAAACCAAAAUGGCCACCAAAGUGAGCCAACGGGUCAGCAGUCGCUCCAAGCUGGAGGCCCUCUUCAGCCACCCGCUGUAUAACCUGCCACGCAAACAUCUGCUGGAAGACGAUUGGCUGCUGAAGUUGAAGCCAAAGAACAAGGGAGGGGACAGUGAAGAGGAAGAUGAGGAGGAGGACAGUGACAAAAGCAGUGAAGAUAGUGAGUGGCAGAGUGACAGCGAGGAGGAUGGCUAUGACCGAGCUAAUUGGACGAGAAGUGCGGACACCCACCCUGCCUGGCUGAGGUACCACCUUGGGAUCUCUCGCUGGGAGCUGUAUGACAGGAAUGACCCUAGCGUUGCCGAGGUGACUCAACAGAUGGCCACACAACGCAUCCUCAGCGCAGUGCAGAAGAGUGGGGGUACCCAGCUCAAGCUGAUCAUGUCAUUCCCCAACUACGGACAGGCCCUCCUCAAACCCAUGAGGCAGGAGAGAGAUGCAGAGACAGACUUCAACCUGUUCUACUUCUCUGACUUUGAGAGACACAACGCAGAGAUUGCUGCCUUCCACCUAGACAGGGUGCUAGGUUUCUGUAGAAUCCCUCCAGUGGUAGGUAGACUCAUCAACAUAACCACGGAGAUCAGAGCUAUCACCACAGACCACAAACUAUCCAGAACCUUCUUCACCUCUCCUGUGGGUAAUUUGUGUUUCCAUGGCCAGUGUGAAUACUACUGCUCCACAGAGAACCCAGUGUGUGGUCGACCCCAGGUCUUGGAGGUGUCCCUGGCCUCCAUGCUGCCUGACCUCUCCCUGGCCCCCAGACGCUCCUGGAGGUCCCCUUGGAGACGCUCUUACAGCCGCACCAAACUGGCACCAUGGGAGAAGAACCCAGAUUACUGUGACACCGUGAAACAGACUCCUCCAUACAGCCAAGGCACCAGACUGGUGGAUCUAAUUGACAUGGUCGUUCUGGACUUCCUCAUGAGUAAUAUGGACAGACAUCACUACGAGACUUUUGAGAAGUUUGGGAAUGACACUUUCCUGCUGCAUCUAGACAACGGGAGGGCGUUUGGGCGUCAUUCUGUGGAUGAACCCUCCAUAUUGGUGCCCUUACAACAGUGUUGCAGGAUCCGUCGUUCCACUCUCAUGCGUCUGCGUCUCCUGUCCCUCCCGGGCUUCCGUCUGAGUGAUGUCAUGAGGGAGUCUCUAUCCCAGGAUCCCCUGGAGAGUGUGGCCCCCCUCCUCUCUGUACAACACCUCUCCGUGCUGGACCGUCGUCUGAAAACCAUCCUGCAGGCUGUACACACCUGUCUGGAGCACCAUGAUGACGUUAUCUAUGAUGACCUAGAGGGAUAUGAUGUUAACUUAUACCGGCACUAG